AUGACGGGCUACUGGACAGCUUUUGUUUCGCUGAUCUCGUCGGCGCCCGCCUUGCUAGGCAUGGCGGGCGUCGUGUUUCUCGUGCUGGACUGCUUUGCCGUUUACCAGCUGAAGAAGAUUUACUGUCCUUCUUCGUCGGGGCCCGCGCCGGCUGCUGCGGCGGGUUUCACAGUGCAGCGAGACGACGACGGCCAGGGGCUGCCUGCGGAGCCUCACACGGACUCGGGCUCAAUCACUCCGCGCACGCGGUACCAGCACCCGCACUGCACGUCGCCCUACUUCGUGCCGCCCCCCGGCGACGACGGCUACGACUCCGAGCGGCGAGUGAUCUCCCCGCUGUCUCCUGAGGACGAGGGGCCGUUGAGUUCGUUUCCCUCCAGCGCGUCGCACGGCCGGCAGCACUCAGACCUCCACACCCUCGCCUCGUCCUCGGCGCACACAGGCGACGAGGGGGACGGCGAGCGCGCGGCGGCGGAGCGCGCUCGGCGGAGCGGCGUUCAGGGGUGGACGGCGUGGCUGAAGCGCUGGCGGUUUCCCGGCUUCGGGGGCCUCUCGCGCUUCCGCGGCAGCGAGGCGAACGCUGGUCCUACGCUCGCCCUGCCUCCCAGCCUCACUGGCGGCCAGACGCGCUCCGCCUUCAUGCUUCUGCUUUCCGCUGCGAUCUUCGCCCGGGCAGUCUCGCUCUUCGUCAUGGCCUGGAUCGUCGCUGCAAACCCUGCGAAGGAGCCUGCGGAGCCUCUGCCUCUGGUCACUCCGUCUUCGCUGGCGUCUCCGCCCCUGUCGUUUCCGCUUGCCCUCGCUGAGUCUCUCGCGCUUCCCGGCUCCUCCGCCUCGUCUUCGUGCUCCGCAGUGUCUGCAGACGUGGCAGACGACGCGGCGGCGCCGGCCUUCCGCUUGUCGCUGGACUGCGAGUGGCUGCUUCUUUUCCUCGAUUCCGCGCCUUCACUUAUCUUCUUCUCGGCGCUCUCCCUCAUCAUUCUCUUCUGGGCAAAAAUCUACUACGCCGUCAUACUCGUCGCCUACCCGCGACUCGAAAAGGGACCCUGGCUGUGCUCAGGCGGACUUCUCGCCUUUUUUCUGCUCUUUUUCUCAAUGGCAGUGCUGCUGCAAGCGAAGCGCUCGGCCACGCGCGCUCUCCAAAUCGCAACUGGACUCCUCUUCGCGCUCGCUGCAGGCGCCUUCUUUGUUUACGGCACCAAAGUCGCGAAGAAGCUGUCUGAGCGCGGAAAAGCUCCCUCGAGGAAGAAAAGCAUUGUCCGGCGGGUUCUGUUUCUCGCCCUGGUCUGCCCCGUCCUCUUCACGGCGCGGACGAUCUUGGCGCUCCGCGGGCACACGCCGCCCGCCUCGCCGCUCCGGCCCUCUCUGCCGCCGACUUGGCACUCCCAGCCCCUCGUGGAGGCUGCCUUGAUUUACCUUGUCACCGAGUGGGUACCGGCGCUGUUUAUCCUGGUGACCUUCUGGCACCGAAAGAGUCGCGCCGCGGGCGUCCGCUCGCAUCAACAGCGGCAGCUGAUGCAGAUGCACGACCACGAGCGCGAGCACAGCUUGGACUCCACCGUCGCAGCGCCGUUGAUGCAGCAGAGCUUUUACCCUCUCCUGUCGCCACCGGCCUAUGUCCAGUCGCCUGCGCUCUACGAUUUGAAGCUUCAGAAUGCGGGCGCGCAAGCGCCAGCAGGUGCUUGUGUCACUGGAAAUGCACAGGACGGGCUGAUUUACCAGUCCUACGUGCCCCCGUAUCCGCUGCCCGGAGGAAAUCUGUCUGGCGGCUACGCCAUGCCACAUGGCCCGUACUACCAGCAGUACUACCCGCCGCCGACGCUCUAG